CGCGCAACUCUUGUCCUCUCGUCGAUACCCCGCAAUCUCCACCAAACCACUUGGUACUCGCAGCCAAUGCAACAUUUCCUCGCGCAUCAGCAACAGUACGGCGAGUGGGGUCAGGGCCACCACCAGCAGCCGCAACACCAUGUAGCCCAGCAUGGCCAGCAUCAAGCGCAAGCCGCACAGUUGCAUGCACAGCAACAGGCGCAGGCUGUCCAGGCCGCUGCCCAGCGCCAAUACCACCAGCAGCUCGCGGCCAACAAUGGCACCACUCUGCCUGGCAACAACGCCGUCCCCAGGGGCCCAGCAAACGACGUGCAGGCAGCUGACGUUGGCAUGACGGACGAAAACAGGCGCGUGCUGGAAUGGGUGGCCCAGCUUAUGAAGCCUGCCACUCGCGAGGCUGCGCUUCUCGAGUUGAGCAAGAAGCGGGAGCAGGUCCCAGAGCUGGCUCUGAUCCUCUGGCAUUCGUUCGGUGUCAUGGCGUCGCUCCUUCAAGAAAUCAUAUCCGUCUACCCGCUGCUCAACCCUUCGCAGUUGACCGCUGCCGCUUCGAACCGCGUCUGCAAUGCCCUCGCGCUGCUCCAAUGCGUCGCCUCUCACACUGAAACCCGUGGCCUGUUCCUGAGCGCGCACAUCCCGCUCUUCCUAUACCCGUUCCUCAACACCACGUCCAAGUCGCGACCCUUUGAAUACCUCCGUCUUACGUCUCUCGGUGUCAUUGGCGCCCUCGUCAAGAACGACUCUUCAGAAGUGAUCAAUUUCCUCCUCACUACCGAAAUCAUCCCGCUUUGUCUGCGUAUCAUGGAGACUGGCUCGGAGCUCAGUAAGACGGUGGCCAUCUUCAUUGUACAGAAGAUCCUGCUCGACGAUAUUGGUCUCGCCUACAUCUGUCAGACGUACGAACGCUUCUAUGCUGUGGGUACCGUGCUGAGCAACAUGGUCAAUCAGCUUGUCGAGCAGCAGACUGUUCGCUUGCUGAAACACGUUGUGCGUUGCUUUCUCCGCUUGAGCGACAAUGCCCGCGCUCGUGAGGCGCUCCGCCAGUGCCUCCCCGAGCCCCUCCGCGAUGCCACCUUCUCCUCCGUUCUGCGAGACGAUGCUGCUACGAAGCGUUGCCUUGCGCAGCUCCUGAUCAACCUUUCCGACAAUGUCGUUGAUGCCGCAAACAACCAGCAGCUCAUGCACUGACAUGGUGUAUGGUGCGGCGGCUCGAUGAGUUUUAACAAUUGGCCUGGGUAAGCUCAGUCGUCUAGAGCAGCCCUUUCUCGCCUUCUGUAUAUCUACGGCCUCGGCCUUUAGUCCAUUUGGCGCGGUGGCCCAUGUGCACAAACAUACCCCUGGUUUGAUCUGGUUUGGCUUCUAAAAACGGUGUGGAUUCGGCGUUGGGGUUUCUCGCAUGGGAUACCCGUAGCAACAGUGUUCCUAGCAUGGUGCUACUUGUUCUUGCAUUGUAUUUAUCUUCUUGGACUCAUGGUCAUGGCGAGGAGUUUUGGGCAUUGCAUGGCGUAGUGCACAUCCAUGCACGGUAUCAGGACGAAAAGCGAGUGUACAUUAUUGAGUAUCUUUGGGUUUUGG